AUGGAAGUGAUACAGGUUGCACAAUAUGACAGUGAUUUAUCGGAUGAAGUUGUCGAAGAAAAUAAUGAUUUAAAUCGAAAUAAAAAAGUCAAGAAGAAGAAAAGAUCUAAGUAUUGGAUUAACGGAGCUACAUUUGAUAAUGCUGAGGAAGCAGAGGCAUCAAUUGAAAAUAUCUGGUCAAAACAGUAUACAAAUUAUACAGAACAUGGACGAAGAGUUUAUUACAGAUGCAACAAAGCUAAACUUCGUGGACCUCAAUGUAGUGCAAGUAUUCAUCUGUUAUAUCAUGCAGACAGCGAUCAAGUGACUGUUUAUAAAACUGAAGGUGAACAUGAUCAUCAUGAUGAAAAAGUUCGUGGUAUUGAUGAAAAUGUUAAAAAGUGCAUUGAAGAAUUAUAUAAUGAUGGUAUCAUGAAGCCAAAGCAAAUUAUUCGAGCACUUCAAACAAGAAAAAUGAAAAUGCCAACGUUAAUACAGAUUAAAAAUUACCUUGUCCAAUACAAAAAAAAGAAAUAUGGUUUACAUAAAAUAAGCUUAGGUGAUUUAGAACAAUGGUGUGAAGGUAAUGUAGAAGUACCAAUUGAUGAAAAUAAAGCUUUUGUUGUAUCAUACAAAAUAUUAUAUGAUAAUGAAGAAUAUGAAGAUAUAGAAGAAGAUGGAAAUAAAUUCUGUAUAUUUAUAUCAUCUGUUCGUUUGCUCAACAUUGCAUCGAUCUCAUCACAUUUACAUGCCGAUGCUACAUAUAAAUUAAUUUGGCAAGGUUUUCCUGUUUUAAUUGUUGGUACUACUGAUUUUAACAAAGCAUUUCAUCCAUUUGGUUUAGCAGUAUGUUCAAACGAAAAAACUAAAGAUUUUGAAUUUAUCUUCAAUAGUAUUCAAGUUGGUAUGGAAAAAAUAAAUAAAGAUUUACUAAAUCCAACAGCAUUGAUAUCUGAUGCUGCUGAUGCAAUUAAAAAUGGUUUUACAAAUAUAUUCGGUUCUUCCUAUAAUCAAAUAAUGUGUUGGGCACACAUGAAAAGAAAAAUUAACAAUCGUGUAUGUCAAAUAGAUGACAAACAUAUUGCAAAAGAAAUUAUAGAAGAUGUUGAAAUGCUCCAAUUAUCUAAUUCUACAGAAGUAUUCAAAUUAGCAUCAACAUUAUUUAUAAAGAAAUGGAAUAUGAACAACAAACAAAAAAAUCAAUCAAUAUUAGAUUUUAUGAAUUAUUUUCACAAUGAAUGGCUCAAAACAAAUGAUGGUUGGUAUGAAGGUAUACAAGUUUAUACACCAAGUACAAACAACGCCCUAGAGGCUACCAACAAAACAAUUAAAGAUGAUGGAACAUUUCGAGAACGACAUGUUUUAUCAAGAUUUUUAACAAUAGCUACAAACAUUAUCAAUAACUGGUCAGUUGAACGAGAUGCAUCCUCAAUCAAUGCAAAAAUAUUUGCUACUGAACCAACAAUAUCUUUAGAAUUAUGGACUUUAUCUUAUCAAUGGGCUAAAUCAACAAAAGAUAUAAUAUGUAUUUCUAAUGAUUCUUCAAAAACAUAUUAUAUACCAGCUCGUGAUUUACAAUCAAUAUCUCAAGCCAAUUUAAAUAAAUACAAAAAUAAAACAUGGUCAACAUUUAAUCAAUUCACAAAAUCAUUUGAUAUUUGGUGUAUGGAAAUGGAUAAUGGUUCAGAUUGGAGAAAAUCAAAAUGUAACUGUCCAAGAUUUUUUAAGAAUUACAUAUGCAAGCACGUUGUUGGUAUGGCUAUUCGUUUAAAAUAUUGCAAACCGCCACCAUCAGCAAAAACAGUUCCCAUUGGUGAGAAAAGAAAAAGAGGUAGACCAGCUAAGGCUAAACCCGCUUUGCUAGUACAAUAA